UGUAGGUUAUGUUUGAGUCAGAUUAUUUAUUUUUAAAAAUUAAAACCGUUAUAAUUUUAAAAGUUAAAAAUCAGUUACUAUUAAGUUUGUUGAACAAAAGAGUCAUUAUCAAUAAACUGCUUAGACAUUGCAGUGCCACAAUGUCAGCAAACGAAGCAACUGAAUACUAUAAGGUUGUUAAAGGCAUAAUUGAUAAUAAUAAAGAAAAUUCUGACAAUGGAAGAAGGGGUAUGAGGAACUACUUGUCUCAAGAAGUCGUAAGAUUAGAUGCGACACUCACCUUUGAGACUGAUACAAUAAAUCAUUCAUGCGAGUUUCUAAAUAAGGCAUCUGGUCCUGCAAUAAAAGAGAGAUCACAUUCAACAAUUUUUGUAGGAAAAGACAGUGCUGCAUUAUUGGUUUCACUAAAGAACCUUGCAGAUUCAAUGCUUGGCACCAGUUGUCAUAUCAGUGAUAUGGUUGAACUGAGUGAAAGUGUACCACACAUUCAAAAAAAUUCCUAUUUAUUAGAAGACCACAAGAAAAGUUUAACGGAUUUUAGGCAAAAAAUAGAAAUAAUCAUGCAAGGUUUUAGAAAGUUGCAAUUGCCCGAGAAUGAAACUGAACCUUUGUUAGCAGUUAUUGAACAUACCCAACAAACUGUUAAUUUAAGCAGUGCUUCAGAAAUAUCCAGUUUUUCAGACAAAGAUAUUAUAACAUCUUCCCCAAUAAGUAGGAACAAACAAGCUAUAUUUUAAUAAUAUUUCCAGGAGAUUUAAACUUUGCUUUUUGUACAUACAUAUUUUUGAAAUAUAAUUAUUUUAAAUUUUUAAACUUAAA